AUGGUGCACUUUACUCUAUUCUCUCACAAAGGUGGUCCCAAUCCUUGGAGACCAGUUAUUGCUUUGAAAGAACUAAAUCUUUCUUAUGAAACUGUGUUUUAUGAAUUUUCAAAGAAUGAGCAAAAGAACGAACAGCACCUUGCUUACAAUCCUAAUGGAAGAGUCCCAACGCUAGUUGAUCACCAAAAUAAUGAUUAUGCAAUCUGGGAAUCCGAUGCUAUUUUAGCCUAUUUGACAGACAGAUACGACAAGGAAAGAAAGAUUUCCUUACCUCAUGACCAUCCCGAUUAUCAUCAUCUUCUUCAAUAUCUCUUUUUCCAGUCUUCUGGUCAAGGUGUCAUUUGGGGACAAGCUUCUUGGUUCAACUUCUAUCACCCAGAACCAGUUGCAUCGGCCGUUACUAGAUACAGAAAUGAAAUUAAGCGCGUGCUUGGUGUUUUAGAAACCAUUCUUCAAGACAAGGAUUACCUUGUCGCCGGCAAGUACACAAUCGCCGAUGCAUCUUUUGUGAAUUGGAACGCUCUAGUGCCAUAUAUUUUUGGCCCAGGAAAGCAUGAAUUCAAGGAAGAACUUCCUCAAUUGGAUUUCGAAAAGGAGUUCCCCAAGACUUAUGCUUGGCAUCAACGUCUUGUUGAGCGUCCUGCCGUUGCUGCUACUUUAAAGGAACGGGAGCAAGCUAUUCAACAAUUAUAG